CCCCUGUACUCUCUCCCAUGUACCCUCUCCCCUGUACUAUCUCCUCCUGUACUCUCUCCCCUGCACUCUCUCCUCCUGUACUCUCUCCCCUGUACUCUCUCCCCUGUACUCUCUCCCCUGUACCCUCUCCCCUGUACUCUCUCCCCUGUACUCUCCCCUGUACUCUCUCCCCU